AUGGUAUUAAAUAAUUUACCAAAGCCACAAGGUACAGAGAUAUCAAUGUUGUUCAUGGUGACUGCCUCUGGUGGAAUUGAUAAUGCCUUUCCAGGCAAUCACUUCAGUCCUCAGUUGAUCAACAACAUUAACCAAAGUGUCAAAGAGCCAACAAUCCAUUCUGUGAUGAUCCAAGUCGAAGAACCAUAUGCCCAAGGCGUACCAGUAGGCUCUCUAAGAGUAUGCUUGGUGACCCCAGCCAGCAGUUGGUUGAGAAGAGUGAGUGUUGUGUCAGCUUGGGCCAAGAAUGAUCAUUGUGAUUCAAUUGAUGUGAUCGCCGGUGACAAGGCUGGAAUGAGUUACAAGAAUGAUGCUGGUGAGGUCAAGUGGGAGUACUAUGACCUUACCAUCCUCGAUGGUCAGGUACAACUUGUGUUGAUGCGUGACACAUUCUUCAGUGGCUGGGUCGGUCAGGCCACAAUCGAUAUCAACGACACUCACAUCCACAGGUUCCAGAACAAGUGUCUAAUGGUCUACUGGGACGAUGACAAUGGUACAUUCUUUGAGAAGAACUACGAGAAGUACACUCACCGCAUUCUCUAUGAUGAAAUGAUCAGAAGUCACAUGGUCUCGGAUAGGGCCAUGAAGGCCCCUGUUGAUGCUGGCAAGGCUCCUGCUGCUAGACCACCCGCCGCCGCUGCCCCAGUCCAGUUCUCGAUUCCAACUAUUGCCCAGAGAGCUGCCGAUCGCAAGGUGAAGCCAAUCAAGAGAGAGAAGUUUGGUGAUGGCAAGGUGGAGAAGCAGAUGAUCCUCUCGUUAUUCAGAGGUGAUGAUCUGAAGUUCCCUCCUCCAAGAUCGUUUGCCAAUGACCUUGAUGGCGAUGGUGUCGUAAACAAGAAGGACAAGGACAUCGAUGGUGAUGGUAUCGCCAAUGACAAGGAUAAGGACAUUGAUGGUGAUGGUAUCGCCAACGACAAGGACAAGGACAAAGAUGGUGAUGGAAAGAAAGACAAACCAGCACCAGUCAAGCCCAAGCCCACACCAACCAAGGCUGCU